AUGAAUUCAUCACCGCCGCGUUCCCCUUCGACCCAGAGGCUCAGCCCACGCCUUGAGAAUGGCACCACUGAGAGACAGCGGCAAGAAAUCCGAGUUCUGACUGCAGUGCUGAGAGACCGAGAGAAGGAACUUAAUGACAGGGCUGCAGCACAGCAGAUGCAGCGUCUAGCCUGGGGAGGUGAUCGGCAGAAAAUACGGACUUGAGCAGAGCGGUGCAGCUUCUCAUUACAAAAACAGCUGAACAAGAGCAAUGAAAUGAUAAAACCCCUGAAGCAACAGAAGUUAAAAGAGAGGUCUCAAACAGUAGCAGAAGCAAGUCUUCGCUGCCAGGUGCUGGAGUAGAAAAAUCAAAGUCUCCAACGCUCAGUUUUGGACCUCUCUCUUAAAACAGCUGAGCUGAAAGCAAGGGAACAGAGGCUUCUUACCAUGCUUAAGCUGAAGGAUGAGGUUAUACUUGAAACAUCUGAUCAGAUUACUAAGUUCACAUCUGAAUUAAAAAGUCUGGGAAGUGCAUUACAUGCAGCAAAAGCAACGGAAAGCCAUCUCAACGAGGGAAAGCAAGACCUCAAAUUGAGACUGAAAGAACUGACCCUUGAAAGAAAUAAGCUGCAAGAUGACCUUUCUAAAAAGAUGAAAGAAAAGAAGAAGCAGGACGAAGAAAUCGUUCACCUCAAACAAGAAAACAUCUCCUUGACGCAGGAGCUUGACCUUACUGCUGAACUUUUUCAAUUUGCCAAGUCUAAACAAGCACGGACCGACACAGAACUCUCCAGUUUGCGACAGCUCUGCAUAAGACAGCAGCGUGAGUUGGAGUUUCUUCGUGUCAGUUCGGAGAGCUCUUGUGAAUUCAGGCAAAAGCGUGAAAAGGUGGCUCAUGAAAGGAGCAGAGGAGAGACGUUCUCUGCCCCUGAAAGUAACAUUGAGACAGACGCAGUUGGGACCGAGGGCACCCACGGGACAUGCGAGGAGCGUGGAACUGCACGAGCUGAAGAGUGUAGUCUAUCCUCAUUAAAAAUAAACUACGUUAAUAUCUGA